AUAGAAUGCUGGUUCAUUAUAAAAACAAAAGUGUCACAGUUGUCAGAUGACAAAUGGGAGCUGGUUCGGUAAUGCUGGAGACACUGCUAUUACGUGAGGGACAGAAUUUGCAAUGGAUUCACAUUUAGAUUUGAACUAUAAUUAUACUGAUUAUGAUAACACCACCUCUGUUAAUUUCAAUUAUGAUGAAGUUGUUUACCAUAAUCCCACCACUACAUGUUUUACUGAGGUUAUUUGCCUGUUGUUGCUGGUGAUCAACGUGAUCAUCUGUCUGCUGGGCCUGGGAGGAAAUGGUGUGGUCAUCUGGAUUGCAGGGGUUGGCAUGAAGAGGUCAGUCAAUACUACCUGGUACCUGAGUCUGGCUGUAUCUGACUUCAUAUUCUGCGCCUGUUUGCCUUUUAACAUCGCCCACAGUGUCACAUCAGACUGGAUUUUCGGCCUCUUCAUGUGCAAGUUUACUUCCUUCGUCAUGUUCCUCAACAUGUUCAGCAGCAUCUUCCUCCUCGUCAUCAUCAGCAUGGAUCGCUGCAUUGUCGUCAUGUUUCCUGUUUGGGCACAGAAUCACCGCACUAUUGGAAAAGCAUCUGUAUUGAUCGUACUCGCGUGGAUUGUCGCUGCAAUAUUAAGUAUUCCGUCUAUCAUAUACCGUGAUGUCCAGAAACACCUAGGUAUAAGCCAAUGCAUUAACAGCUACUCAUCCAGCAAGUACAGCCACACAUUCAUUGCCUUGAGCCGCUUAGUUACUGGAUUUUUCAUCCCUUUCAUCCUCAUCAUUAUUUGUUAUACUGUCAUCAUCCUCAGACUGAGAGCCACUAAGAUGGCAAAGUCCAAAAAACCGUUUAAGAUCAUGACGGCUCUUAUUCUGACCUUCUUCCUGUGCUGGCUGCCGUACCACACGUUUGUGCUAAUUGAACUAAAUGGAACCUUCCACAAAGAGGUCAUUAUUCUCGGAAUGAAAAUUGGCACCACAUUUGCCACCGCAAACAGCUUCCUGAACCCCAUUUUGUAUGUUUUCAUGGGCAAUGACUUCAGGAAGAAGUUCAGGAGCUCCAUUUUAUCAAAGAUUGAGAAUGCCAUUGGAGAAGACGGCCGAACGAUCAGCCGCUACCUGUCUCGCUCCAGCUCAGUGGAUGCAAGGGCGUCCACUCAUAUCUAAAGAAUAAACUGGAAGUAAUAUUUUUUCAGUUAUUU